UCCCGUGAUAUUUUAUAUUUUAUGUCUGGAUGUGUGCCCAGCACGUGGCAAUUGGCCAGGGAAUGGUGGGGGGUGUUGCUGUGGUGACAAGAUUUUCCAAGGAAAAGCAGGAAAAGCUCCAGUGCCAGGAGCUGCUGAGGGCUGUGUCCCCACCAUGUCCCCUUUCACUGUCACCUCCCUGUGAAGGGGCAAUGGCAGAGGCAGCCCUGGCUGCAAAGCUGCUGCUGUCAAAUUCCAUCAUUGUCACUAUUCUGGUCUUGGGGUUUAAAAUUUAUUUAUUUUGCUGCUGGAGGAAAAAAAAAUAAGGAAAAGACAAAAGAAAAAAAACAAAAGGAAUACAGCCCAGAGCCCCAUGAAGCACAUGGAAAAUAAACAAAGUGGGUCAUGGCACUUGUGCCCUGAACUGUGCACACCUAACAGGGAGCAGGGAAUGCCAGGGGAUAAAAAAAUCCCAGGCCUGACCCCACUUUAACACAGAGUGACUGACACAGAAAUCUGGGGGUGAGCUGGAAAUAAAAUCCAACUUCUGGAAUCCCUGCCUGGAUCAGCCCUCCUCAUUCCCAAACAUUUCACCUGGGAUGGGGAGAACAGGGAACCCCACAGGUACAGCAGCAUAAAACUAAUUUUUUUCCAUUUUUAUUUUCCACGCUGCCCCAACCUCCACCACGUCUGUGCCAGGGUGGGGCUGGCAGCUGGCACUCGGGCCCCCAUGGAUCCCCUCAACCUCUCGUGGUACGACGGGGACAGGAACUGGAGCAGGGCCCUGAACGCGUCGGAGGCGGCGCAGAAGCCGCACUACAACUACUACGCCGUGCUGCUCACCCUCCUCAUCUUCGUCAUCGUCUUUGGCAACGUCCUGGUGUGCAUGGCAGUGUCCAGGGAGCGAGCCCUGCAGACCACCACCAACUACCUGAUCGUCAGCCUGGCCGUGGCCGACCUGCUGGUGGCCACGCUCUGCAUGCCCUGGGUGGUUUACCUGGAGGUGGUUGGGGAGUGGCGGUUCAGCCGCAUCCACUGCGACAUCUUUGUCACCCUGGACGUCAUGAUGUGCACUGCCAGCAUCCUCAACCUGUGUGCCAUCAGCAUUGACAGGUACACGGCCGUGGCCAUGCCCAUGCUCUACAACACCCGCUACAGCUCCAAGCGCAGGGUCACCCUCAUGAUCGCCGUGGUCUGGGUGCUCUCCUUUGCCAUCUCCUGCCCGCUCCUCUUCGGCCUCAACAACACAGAUGAGAAGGAGUGCAUCAUUGGCAACCCCGCCUUCGUGGUGUACUCGUCCAUCGUGUCCUUCUACGUGCCCUUCAUCGUCACGCUGCUGGUGUACGUGCAGAUCUACAUCGUGCUGCGGCGCCGCAGGAAGCGCGUCAGCACCAAGCGCAGCAGCCACGUGCUGGACUCGGACACGCAGGCGCCCCUGAAGGACAAAUGCACUCAUCCAGAAGACGUCAAGCUCUGCACAGUUAUUGUGAAGUCCAAUGGGAGCUUCCAAGUUAAUAAGCGCAAAGUGGAGGCAGAGAGUCACAUAGAAGAGAUGGAAAUGGAGAUGGUGUCCAGUACCAGUCCCCCUGAGAAAACGGCCCUCAAACCCACAGCACCAAGUAACCACCAGUUGAUUGUGCCAGUUGCUUCUAAUCGGGGCAACAACUCUACCCUGCAGGCACCCCUGAGCAGCCCCGGGAAGGUGGAGAAGAAUGGCCAUGCCAAAGAAUCCCACCACACAGCCAGGGUCUUCGAGAUCCACUCCCUGCCCAACGGCAAGACGAGGAACUUGCUCAAGGCCGUGAUCAGGAGGAAACUGUCCCAGCAGAAGGAGAAGAAAGCCACCCAGAUGCUGGCCAUCGUGCUCGGUGUUUUCAUCAUCUGCUGGCUCCCCUUCUUCAUCACUCACAUCCUGAACAUGCACUGCGACUGCAACAUCCCGCCGGCCAUGUACAGUGCCUUCACGUGGCUGGGCUAUGUCAACAGCGCUGUCAACCCGAUUAUCUACACCACCUUCAACAUCGAGUUCCGCAAGGCUUUCAUGAAGAUCCUCCACUGCUAAAAGCCACCAACAGCGCCCGCGUUUUUUUGGGGGACGGAGGGGGAAGAGGGAGCGAUGCCAUGCGGGCAGCCGGGGAGGGGCUGGAGCUCUUGAGGCGGGCACGGCUCGGCGCCCACGCGCCCCGUGGGGAUGGAGGUGACCUCCGGGCCGGCCCCAGGGCGAUUUCAGAGCCACCCUCACGUGGGAGCGCCGGGAUCGGGGCGCUCUCGCUCAGUCCCCGCCCGCAGCCACCCGGCCUGGACACGGAGUGGCCACGGGGCCACCAGGAGGUAGCGCUGGCACAAUUCUCACCAAAGACAAGGCCAUCCUCCCGCUUGGCAGCAGGGCCAGACAGGGCCUGUGGAAGCUCCCUGCAACAGCUUUGCCUUCCCCUCGAGCUGACUCACCCGGUGUUUAACUGCUGAAGCCUUCAGAAACUGAAUGAAAACCAACCCAAAAAACUUUCAGAGGUCCCCAGAGGGGGCUGAGGAGGUUCUGCCACCCCCAGACCCUGCAGAGGUGUGAGCCUGUGAGCCAUGGGUGGAAGGGAGAAGGGGCGUCAGUCCCACGUCAAACCGUCGGUGUAAAUAGGAAUAAAUAGGACUGAUUUUGGAGCCCAAGCCAAAAAAAGAAGGAGAUGGAGGGAGAAACUCAAGGAGUGGAACCUUGUCCUGCAUGGUGUGCAUCCAACAGGAGCCCCUCAUCUCCCGUCAGCGAUUUCUGCCCACCAGCAGCUCCAGGCUCUGCCCAGGGUGACACCAGGGGACGGGUGGCAGCGUGGUGAAUGUACAGACACGAGGGCACCGUGCCAGGGAGGCACCUGCAGCCCCAGGGGCGCCCUGAGCACGCCAGCCUGGCCAGGGCUGGCUCUUCUCACCUAAACCAGGGGCCCCAAGGAGCACCUCGGGUCUGAUUUGCCUCUGUCUCUCCCCAGAGAGUGCAGAAUAACAUUGUGCCUAAUUUAAAUCAACAGUCAAGGAGACAAAACUGUGCAUUUUGGAAAAAGCCAGAAUAAAAACCCAAGAAAGCCCCUGCUUGGACCAGCUCCUGUGUCUAAGCUGGACUCUGGAGAGGUCUGGAUGUUUCCAGCAUCCCUUAC